AUGGAGCCCUCCGCCUCCUUCAGCUUCAAGAAGUCACCAAGAUCGUCGUCCUCAUCUUCCUCACUCCUUCUGACAACAAUAAUUCCGGUAGCAAUGCUCAUCCUCCUCUCUUCUUUCUUAUUCUCUACCUCCACCCACCACCACCAUUCUUCAACACCACCACCACUCAUCCUCCAACCUCCGCCGUCACCACCACCACAUUCCUUCAUCAAAAGCACCUGCGACACCACUCUCUACCCUUCUCUCUGUUUCAAUACCAUCUCCUCAAUCCCCAUUAACCUCCACCACGACAACCAUACAAAAACGCGCAAUGUCCUUAAAUUCUCUAUCCAGAAAACCAUCAAUCGUCUGGCCAUAACACGUUCAAGAAUGGCCGCCAUGAAUUUGAAGGUUCGAGAAAAAAAUUGGGUCCAGAAUUGCCUCGAAUUGCUUGAUUUGUCGCAAUACGAACUCCAAGAAUCAAUGAAUCACUUAUCCCCUCCUUACGAUGAUCCACCACCGUAUGCCGCCAUCAAGAACCUCCUCAGCGCCGCCAUGACUAACGAGAACACCUGCAUUGAAGGUUUUUCCGACUUAAAACUCAAUGGCCCCAGCCAGACACGAUUUGGCCGCUUAUUUCAGAAAUCUCUGACACCGAUCAUGCGAAUGAUCAGCAACUGCUUAGCCAUCACCAACUACCUCGAGACCAUCGGCUCCAUCUACACCUUCAAAGAUUCACGUCUUACGUCCAAGGGCGUUUACCGUGAUCAUGUCCCGUCGUGGAUGACCGCCGCUGACCGGAGACUGAUGCAGACAUCUCCCAGAAUUAUCCCGCCCACCGUCGUUGUAGCUAGAGACGGCACCGGAAAUUUCACAACUAUCGCCGCUGCAGUUGCAGCGGCCCCCAGCCGAGGCAAAGGUAGACACGUGAUUCAAAUCAAAGCAGGGAUCUACAAGGAGAAUCUCGUGAUUCCGAGAAAUAAGGCUAACAUCAUGCUCGUCGGAGACGGAAUGAACUCAACCAUAAUCACCAGCAACAAAAACUUCGUCGAUGGCUACACCACCUUCACCUCCGCAACACUAACUGUUGUGGGGAACAACUUUCUCGCAAGGGAUCUAACAAUCAUGAACACCUCCGGUCCAGAGAAACAUCAAGCGGUGGCGCUAAGAGUAACCUCCGACGCUGCGUUCUAUCACUGUCAAUUCAUCUCCCAUCAGGAUACACUCUACGCACACUCCCUCAGCCAGCUCUACCGAGAAUGUGCAAUCCAUGGCACAAUCGAUUUCAUCUUCGGAAACGCAGCAGCAAUCUUCGAACGAUGCCUGAUCCUCGUUCGCAAACCAAUUCUAGGUCAAAAAAACGUGAUCACAGCACAAGGCAGACUAGAUCCCAACCAAAACACCGGCAUUUCCCUCCAGGACUGCACGAUAAUGGCAGCACCGGACUUCAAAGUGAAAGAACGAGCGAAUUUCUCAACAUUUCUAGGUCGGCCAUGGAGGAAUUAUUCGAGAACUAUCGUGAUGAGAAGCUAUCUAGGUGACAUUAUAGAUCCACAAGGUUGGUGUCCAUGGAAUGAGUAUAGCAACCUGGAGACUGUUGAAUACAUUGAGUAUAAUAACUUUGGACCUGGUGCAGACACAAGGAAGAGAGUCCGAUGGGCAGGUUAUCAUAAUAAUUCAAGAAGAAAUCUUGAGAAGAUGGGGAUUCAGUCGUUUUUACAUGGAGCAGAUGAAUGGUUAAAGUCGACUGAAUAUUUGCCCCUCUGUAGUGGUCUCUAUGCAAAAUAUUGUAAAACAGGCACUACACAGGUUCAGUGA